GCUCUCUCUCUCUGUGUGAACAAGAGUAUCUUCUGUGUGAUCAGUGUAUUAAACACACUCUUUUUUCCUGGGUUUGAUUUUCCUCCUUUCUAAAGAAACUGAUUCUCCGGACGAUCAUGAUAAGUUAUUGUGACAUAUAUUGAUUGGAAGGUAUUUCCUCAAUGGGGAGCGCUUGUUCUAGGAAAAGAGACCAAUUGGACAAUGAAGAUAGUUUACACAGAGGGGUCACUAGAAUAUAUUGCAAAAGUGGGAGUUCAAAAUGGUUGGUAACAACAUUUUCUAAACCUGCUGUGGAUAUGCAACGGGGAAAAGGACAAUGUCCUUCCCUCAUGGAAUUGUGCAUCUAUAAGACACGUGAGGACAUAGAUAGAUACAAAACCUUCUCUAUGCUUCCAAGGGAUAUAACGCAACAAAUCUUCAAUGAAUUGGUUAAUUCCCAUUGCCUAACUGAAGUUUCUCUUCAAGCUUUUAAGGAUUGUGCACUCCAGGACCUUGACUUGGGAGAAUACCCUGGUGUGAAUGAUAAUUGGAUGGGUGUUAUCUCAUCUCAAGGAUCGUCCUUGCUUUCUGUGAACCUUGCUGGUUCUGAUAUCACUGAUUCUGGGUUGAUGUGUCUUAGAGUUUGCGGAAACCUGCAAGACAUAAAUCUUAAUUGCUGUUACCAGAUUUCAGACUAUGGGCUACAACACAUAAGUGCUCUUUCAAACCUGACUAGCCUGAGUUUUAGAAGGAACGGUACAGUUACUGCACAGGGAAUGAGUGCCUUAGCUGGCUUAGUUAAUUUGGUGAAGUUGGACCUGGAGAAAUGCCCUGGAAUUCAUGGUGGACUUGUUCAUCUCAGAGGUUUAACAAAGUUAGAGUCUCUUAACAUCAACUGGUGUAAGACCACAACAGAUGCCAUAACAGAUGCUGAUAUGAUGCCUCUUUCAGUGCUUACAAACUUGGAAAAACUACAGAUAUCGUGCAGUAAGGUUACAGAUGCCGGCAUCACUCACUUAAAAGGUCUGCAAAAGCUUUCUAUAUUAAACUUGGAGGGCUGCCCAGUAACUGCUGCAUGCCUGGAUUCUCUUUCAGCUCUUGUUGCCUUGCAAUGUUUGAAUCUCACCAGAUGUAAUGUCACCGAUGAUGGAAGCGAGAAAUUUUCUUUGCUUAGGAAUCUAAAGGUGCUGAACUUGUCUUUCAAUGAAAUCACUGAUGCAUGUUUGGUACACAUGAAAGGUUUGACAAAUUUGGAGAGCUUGAACUUGGAUUCAUGUAGAAUUGGUGAUGACGGUCUUGCCAACUUGACUGGCCUUCAACAAUUGAAAUUUUUGGUAUUGUCUGAUACUGAAGUUGGAAGUAAUGGUCUCCGUCAUCUGUCUGGUUUGAUUAAUCUAGAGAGCGUAGACCUGUCAUUCACUGAAGUCACUGAUGUUGGUUUGAGGAAACUUGCUGGACUGUCAUCUAUUAAAUCACUUAAUCUGGAUGCUCGUCAAAUCACAGAUGCUGGACUUGCAGCUCUAACAACUUUGACUCAAUUGACUGAUCUUGAUCUUUUUGGAGCUCGCAUUACCGAUUCUGGGACAAGUUACUUGCGGAAUUUCAAGAACCUGCGCUGUUUGCAAAUAUGUAGCGGAGGAUUGACAGAUGCUGGUGUGAAGAAUAUCAAGGAUCUCUCAUCCUUGUCCCUGCUAAAUCUGUCACAGAAUUGUAACCUGACAGAUAAAACCUUGGAGUUGAUCUCUGGAUUGACGGGAUUGGUCUCUCUGAAUGUUUCAAGUUCUCGUAUAACUGCUGCUGGAUUGCGCCAUCUGAAGCCAAUGAAGAAUUUGAGAUCUCUGUCCCUGGAUUCUUGCAAGGUGACAGCAAAUGACAUUAAGAAACUUCAGUCAAGUGACCUUCCUAAUCUGGUAUGCUUCCGUCCUGAAUAGUUAUGGAGAGCCCCAGUGGUACGCAUUUUGUAAAUAUCUUACUGUUGGAUAGAAGAAAGCAAGCUAUGUAAGUACACGUUCAGUUUAUUGUAAAUAUGGAUGGACUUGAUGGCCGCUGAAACAUGGCGCUCGGAAACCAAAGGAUCUUAUUCAGGAGCCUAAACAAGAGCUCCUUGUCUUGCCUUGAAGGUUCCCCUUUCGUAGUUGGAAAUAAAUUGUAAAUUAGGGUCUAGACAAGUGUCUAAGGUGUGAAAUCAUCUCAGAUGCUACAUAUAGAUUGAAAACUUAUCAUGUACAUAUUUAUCGGUGGAGCCUUUGGAUAAUUUAUGUCAAUGACACUUUGAAUCUAUUAGGGUGAAUGCUUGUGUUAAUUUCUGAGGUUUCUGCAUUAAUGUUUAUGCGUAGUCUGACCAGAUGCUUAUUAGAGGGGUGGGGAGGGCGGCAGAGGAUUUAUAUAGAUCAUGUGGUGCAUUUGAGAAGCGUUGCAGGGAUAAGAACAAGGAUGAAGCCACCGAUUUAUUUGAUCACAUUGAUCAGAAAUUGGCUGUAGGGGAUGACCCUCACUUGUUUUGCAAAGUCUCAGCUUUUUCUGGUUUCAGUGCUUAUAACGUAAAUGAGUGGCUUUUCCCCAAGAGGACACCCACUUUGUUGGUGGAUUCUAUCAAGCACACAAAGCGUAUAAACAGUUCCAGUAGAAAUGUCAAACAGACGGUUUUUUACUUGAGCAAAACCUUACGUUAUGCUCCUAUAUUACGUUAGAUUUUCACCUUAUAUCCUCAAUUAAUUUCUCAAGUUUUU